AUGAAGGCGUUCGUAGUGUUGGCAUUGUGCGUGGCCGCCGUAGCGGCGUUGACCGAUGAGGAAGUUUGGUUGCAGUACAACCGUCGUAUGCCGGGAGCGUACCACACCAAGGGAGUGAAGCAACUUCCACCCUACCAGGGCAGAAUCGUCGGUGGAGUGGAAGCCGACAUCGCCAACUAUCCGUACCAGCUGUCGCUUCGUCGUGCCCAGCACAGCUGUGGUGCGUCCGUGAUUGCGGCCCGGUGGGCGCUGUCUGCUGCUCACUGCACGUUCCCAGUGCCUGCACCGGGUGUUAUCACUCUGCAGGGCGGCAGCUCCAAUCGCCUGACGGGAGGAGUUGUGUUCCAAGUUGAGGAGAUCAUUAACCACCCGGACUACGAUGACUGGAACCUGUACAACGAUGUGUGUGUUCUGCGCACUGCAGCGGAUCUGGUUGGCCAGCAUAUUGCUGUGAUCGCUUUGGAUCCUCCUGGUACAGCCCAUGCCGCUGGUUCCCGCGCCGUGCUCAGCGGAUGGGGUCUAGAUGAUAACCGCCAGCUCCCGACCAUGCUCCGUCGCGUUGACAUUCCCGUGGUUGAUCAGGCAACCUGUGUAUCGGCGUGGAGUCCUUUGACCGUUACGGCUGAUAUGAUCUGUGCCAGCGAACCUGGACGCGAUGCGUGCAACGGUGACAGCGGUGGCCCAUUGGUCGUUGGAGGACAACAGAUUGGUAUCGUUUCGUGGGGCGAUGCGCAGUGCGAAGGUACCCGGCCGGGUGUGUUCGCUCGCGUUGCCUUCCCAAAUACCCGCAACUGGAUCACCCAGGUCACCGGUGUUUAA